ACACAGAUGUAAUGAAGUAACCAAUUUGAUGCAUAUUAGCUUUGUUUGUUGUAUUGCACCAAAAAAAUAGUUUUUUAACCACAAAUGAGGCACAAUCGUGUGGAAUGUUACGUCAAAAUACGUGUGUCAGAAUCGUGUGUGCUGGAUUCAGAUUUCAGGAUGCCGGGCUCCCCAAAAGCUAUUCUCCUGAUAACGUUUAGAUAAAGAGAAUGAUUGGACAUUUCAUUUCUUGCGAAAAAACAGUCAGUACUUUCACAAACUUUCAGUAGCACGGAAGCAUAAUUUUGGUCCAUGUUAUACCCUUCAUUAGUUCACUCCAACGCAUACGGAUUCCACUAUCAAUUCUUUUGUUUUCUCUCAGGGUACGGAAAAAGAAAACAAUAAAAUCGGACAAUGUCCCGCGGGCUUAAGCUGUACUAUGAUUUUAUGUCGCAACCAUCAAGAGCGCUCUACAUAUUCUUGUCAACCAACAAGGUUCCGUUUGAGCGAUGCCCGGUAGCGCUUCGAAAAUUUGAGCAGAAAACACCCGAAUAUCGAAAAAAUGUUAACCGAUACGGUAAGGUGCCGUGCAUCGUGGAGCAGGACUUCCGGCUCGCGGAAAGCGUCGCCAUUUACCGGUACGUGUGCCGCGAGUACCCUGUGGCGCCCCACUGGUAUCCGGCAGACACCGUACGGCAGGCACGCAUCGACGAGUACCUGUCCUGGCAGCACCUGAACAUACGUGCCGACGUCUCGCUAUACUUUUUCCACGUCUGGCUUAAUCCGCUGAUGGGCAAGGAGGUGGAUGCUGCCAAGACGGACCGUUUGCGGGACCGGCUAAAGAAAGGGUUAGACUUUUUCGAGCAUGAUUUGCUAGCGAACGGCAAACGGCCGUUCCUAGCCGGUGACACCAUCAGCAUAGCCGACCUGUCGGCCGCUUGUGAGAUUGAGCAGGUUAAAAUAGCUGGUUACGAUCCGUGCGGUGGCCGACCGCACCUGAGCGCAUGGUUGGGGGCGGUACGGGAGCGGACGAAUCCGUACUACGACGAGGCACAUAAAUACGUUUAUCGGCUAGCACCGGACCAUAUUUCUACGCCUGCUGUACCGGAGGAUGAUUGAGAUGCAACGGGUAUAUAUUACACGAUAUCGGGGGAAUGGUAUACAGAUCUUAUACGAACACCUCACCUGAAAAACAGGUGUUUGUAUAGCUGUGUUAAAGACUGUAGUAUGUGUCCAGUGAAGGGCAAGGGGGAUUUUUUUUCUUUAAAUAAUGUACUGAAGAUAAACCUCUUCUAAAAGCCUAAAAUCCUGUAUAACAGCGCUAACGGCCUUAAUAGUGUUUAGGGAAAUAAAUUUUGAUAUAAUGUUUUCAUAUUAUAAAACAAAUAAACAAAAAAUGUUGACCAAA